AUGUCUACACCUAUUGCUGGGGCGCUGCUGAAGCCAAAUACACAGAGAACAUUUAGUGAUGACCAACGUGAUCCUGGCUCGUCUGCUGUGCUGCUUGCUGGAAGUACUUCUAGGAAUAGGUCAACAAGUGUACAAAGAAGGAAGUCGAAACCAACUUUAAAAAAGCAAGGCAGCGUCAGCCAUCCCAAAUUGAUAUUUUCAGUUGAUGACGAUAUCAACGAACAAGCAGAUGAGAACGGAGAUAGACCCCAUGGAGAAGAGCAGGACAACAAGAUUAAAAACGACAAGGACUAUCUUGAAGGAUAUAAUGAUGCAUUGAGAGCGUUCCACCAAAGAAAAAGCAGCAAGAGUCCAAUGAGACUGUACCAAGAUAUUUCAGAAAGAACACCAUUGCGAACACCUGAUGAGUUGGCAGAUAUUGAGUCCGUUAUUGCAAGAGACUUGCAAGAGGCAGAGCAAAAUAUCAGGAGGUUGAAAGCAACAGACCCAAAGCGGUUUGGAAGUGUGGAUAAGCUAGACUUUAUAGAAAAUCACCAAGGCAAUGAAGAUGGCGAAGACAAUGAAGAUGCAGACGAAAACGGGUCAAUUCAUUCAAACUCGUCUACAGAAUCUUUGAAUUUAAAAGAUCGACAAAACGCCAUCAAUGAAACCCACCCUUUUGGUAUCAAGAUCUGGAAGCCUUCUUUGUACAAGAAGAAAAGAUCGGUUGCUACUAGAGCAGAUGAAGAUAUUCACGAUUUCGAUCCACGACGUCCAACCUCUUCAAGAAUUUUCUGGGGAGUAAGACUAACUAAUAUGAUAUGGAGUUUAACAGCUGGUUUGUUGAUCUAUGUGGCGUGCUUAAUUGGAGCAAUCUUUGUCUUUGUAUUUUCUGGUUUUGCCAUAAAUCCGGGCCUGCGAUUGUAUGUGAGAGCAUUUUUAAGAUUGGGGAGAUAUUGGCUAUACCCCUUUGGGAAGUUUGUUCUUUUGAACAAGGAUAAAAAUUACAUGGACGAGGAUCAAUUGGAGGGCAGAACCCUAAACGAGUUUCACCAAUGGCGAUUGCAGGAAGAAGGACGGCUCUUUUUUGCACCUCCUCGACGCUACACUGGCUCAGCGGAGGAGUCGGCCCCAUUGAUGAAAGAUCACAAGGGAAGACCUUUGAGGGAUGCGUACAACUCUUUAGCAACAGACAAUGAGCCGAAUGAGCAACGGCAAAAUGGGGAGGCAGACGAUAAUGAAGAAAGUAACGAUAUCAAGGUGAGAUUCUUUGGACGAGGAGACUGGACAGCAGGAAGAAUUGCGUUUUAUUUGUACUUUUACCUCAUUGUGCAACCUAUUUCCUACUUUUUUGGUUUCCUAAGUUGGUUGAUUGUCUUUACCAUCCCCAUGGCAAACAUCACCUCGACAUUGAACGAUCACGUUAGACGUCACCCAUUAGCUUUAGAUUUUGAAAUGGAAAAGGAGUAUUACAAAAGAAGAGAAAAGGACCCGUCUUUGAAGAAAAAGAAGCAGGUGAUUUUGUUGUGUACUUAUAGAUGCUGUGGUUGGCACUACUAUAAAUACACCAUGGAUGGUACAAACAUCUUUUUUAUUAAUUUGCUUUUCAUGGUUUUGUUUGUCAUCGUCGAUUUCUAUUUUUUGAAGGAGUCGUUGCGUUGGGACUCGUUCUUGACGGACUCAAACACCAUUUUCUGCUUGUGUUUAUUCUCGAUUAUUCCUUUGGCAUACUUUAUUGGUCAAGCAGUAGCGUCAAUUUCUGCACAGUCUUCUAUGGGUGUUGGUGCUGUCAUUAAUGCGUUUUUUUCAACAAUUGUCGAGAUUUUCCUUUACUGUGUAGCUUUGAAUCAAUCCAAAGGUAAAUUGGUGGAGGGUUCUAUGAUUGGAUCAAUACUUGGUGGUGUCUUACUACUCCCAGGGUUGUCCAUGUGUGGAGGAGCAUUGAAACGAAAGACACAGAGAUACAAUCCGCGAUCUGCUGGUGUUUCUUCAACAAUGUUGCUAUUCGCAAUGGUUACCAUGUUUGCUCCAUCGUUGUUUUACCAGAUCUAUGGCUCUUAUGAGAUCAAAUGCAGUGGAUGUGACGAAGGUAAGGGGCUUGAUGACUGCACUAAAUGUCGAUUUACCCAACCAUCAUUCACAUUGGAUCCUUUGUAUUAUAAAGUUGUUAAACCAUUUUCACUAAUUGUUGCGAUUGCUUUGUUUGCAGCAUAUGUUUGUGGGUUGUUUUUUACCUUGAGGACACAUGCUUCGUUGAUUUGGGCAACAAACUCACAUGAGGCGAUGAAGAAAGAGGAACAACAAAGAACUCCAAGCGUUGCAAAUGUGGCUGCCUUGGACCAAAGCAAGCCACAGCUGUCCCAACAAAGAUUGUCAAUAGCGCCAUCCCGCAAUUUGGACAGACGAUCCGUUGAAAGUAUAGUCUCUGCAUCAGAAGCAGAUGUAACCAAGGAAGGAAAGGAGGACUCAGAAGAAGGUGGGGGUCAUGAUGCUCCUAAUUGGUCAAAAAAGAAAUCAACAAUAAUCUUGCUAGGGGCUACUGUUUUAUAUGCCAUAAUCGCUGAAAUUCUUGUUGAUAAUGUGGAUUCCAUCCUUUCUGAUUUCCCAAUCGAUCCAAAAUUCUUGGGAUUAACAAUAUUCGCAUUAGUUCCAAAUACAACCGAGUUUUUGAACGCCAUUUCUUUUGCCAUUGGUGGUAAUGUUGCAUUGUCAAUGGAGAUUGGUAGUGCUUACGCAUUGCAAGUUGUUUUGAUACAAAUUCCUUGCCUCGUGGUUUAUUCUGUUUUGAAGAAUUUUAUCAAUGUCGAGCAAAUAUUUUCCCUAGUGUUUCCACGGUGGGAUAUCAUUGCCACAUUAAUUUCAAUUUAUUUAUUCACAUACAUCUAUGCUGAAGGGAAGUCAAACUACUUUAAAGGUGUUAUAUUAAUUUUGAUUUAUCUUGUCGUAAUGAUUGGAUUUUGGUUCAAUGGUAUCAUCGACGGAUUGGAUGAUGGUUUGGGCGAUUAUCUGGUGUUGCGAGGUCUUUGA